AGAGCCGUUCUCCUGGCGGAGCUGCGGGCUCGAUGCCGGUGACAUUUCUAUCAGUGUUUCCCGUGGGGGCUAAGCGGCGGUCGCCCUGCGUUUAUUCGUCCUCCUAAAGAUGCAUCCUGACUUGUCUGCACACUUGCACACUGAGGAAUGCAACGUCUUGAUUAACUUGCUCAAGCAAUGUCACAAAAAUCACAACAUUCUGAAAUUUUUUGGUCAUUGCAACGAUCUUGAUCGGGAAAUGAGAAAGUGCUUGAAGAAUGAGUAUACAGAGAAGAGGACCAGGAGCAGGGAGCAUGGUGCCGCCAUGCGAAAGAGGCUUUCUGACCUUCCAGAGGAAGCUGGAAGAUAGGUCCACUGGAUGCCUUGACUGGAGGCCUGAAGAGGGCUAGUAGCUGGAAAAAUCCUUUCCUUUUGGUCUCUACAACCGUUUGAAUGAAAAAUGACCCCCGAGGAACUGAACCAUGAAGAAACAUAAGAAGGUGGAUUCUCAGUACUUGCUGAACAAAAGCCUUUAUUUAGUGCCAUGGGCUGUGACUGCCAAACAGUUUCCUCUGCUUCUGCCCUGGGUCUCCAUCCACCUAGUACUGACUCACCUCCCGAAAUAAAGUAAUCGGACA